GUGAUUCCUGGCUUCCAAGCCUACAGUAACCAGAUGGAUCGCCGACAGGACGUCCCCCUCCGUUGGGGUCGAGGUCGGGACCGUCCACAGCGAAAUCAAGGCGCAAGUCGAGCAAAUCUUGCGACCGAUCCAGCAUCAACCUCUGGAGAUGUUCGAGAGAGAACCACCACCAAUGCACUUACGACCGACAACCUCCUUUCCAUUCACAACAGCCGAUUGGGAGACCAAUUGUUGUCACAACCCAUCCAACUUGAGCACAUCUUACCCAAUUUCAUAUCCAAACAUGUCCGAGAGUGGUGCGAUCAUCACUGCCCAAAGAGCCCAGUUGACAAGCCUGCACAACCAGGUGCUGAAGCCGGUUCACCUGGGGUCCAGGCAGACAAGACCAUCAAGAUUUCAAGUUCUGUCGUUCCAGGAGUUGGGAUUGACAAUAUUAUCGGCGCCUCCCCUACAAUGGCGGAAAUAGUACAUCACAGGCAUUCUGCUUGCUGUAAUGUUGAUACCCUAGAGAGUCCCUACCUGGCUCAUAUGGCGCCUAGCGCUGAAGAAACCUUUGCAGCAGUGGUAAUGGCUGAUGUGAGCGGCUACUCUAACUUGACCUCCACUUUGGCUGAGAGAGGUCCUUCCGGCGCUGAAAUUUUGGGUAAGACGAUGAAAGGAUAUUUAGAUAAGAUCAUCCAGACCAUUCUCCUGCACGGCGGAGAUAUAGUCAAGUUUGCUGGUGAUGCCGUCAUUUUCUACUGGUCUCUCGAUCCCCGUAAGGAGGACAUCGAGGAUGAGGCAACUAGAGGGGAAUUGGUUCUCAAAGCAUCUUACUGCUGCAUGGAUUUACUCAACAAUCUCGGCAUUUUCCCUAUCGACAUCCCCAUGUGCGAAAUCAAAGUUUUGCGUAUUCACUUGGGUAUCGGAGCGGGAACUGUGUAUGAUGUUCACGUUGGUGUACCAACAAGAUGGGAGCAUUUCAUCGCUGGCGAUGCAGUCAACCAGAUUUCAGGGGUGUUGGAUAUAGCAAAAGCUGGUGAACUGGCCAUGUCUCAUCAAGCUCUUCGAUCACUUUCUGUCAUCUUGGAACUCGGGAGCGUUACGAUCGGUGAUUACGACAAGCGCUGCAUCAUCCUGCAGGGUCUCGAAAAGGCUCGUCGAAAACUUGCCCCUCCUCUUCCCGCGUCCAACGAUGAUCUAGCGCUAUGGGAUAUUGUGCCUCCCGCGGUCAACGUUGAGCUAUAUCGCAACUUUAUUAACCAGAGCGCACUUUUCAAACUUCAAGCUGAUAUUAGCCAGUCCCGUUUAUUUCAUCUCGAAUCGGGUUUAACUGACCUUCUCGGCCUAUAUGAGCUCCGACAAGUCACAACAGUAUUCAUUCGUAUCGGAUCACUACGUCGAUGGGAAAGCAUUGCAAAGUUGCAGGAGGCACAAGAAGCCAUGAGAAUUGUUCAGUCAGCUUUCACCCGGUUUGAAGGCAGCUUGAGGCAGUUCCAUGUUGACGAGAAGGGUGCUGUUAUUUUGGCCUUCUUUGGUCUUCCUCCUUUGGCUCAUGAGAAUGAUGCUACGUUCGGCAUCAAGGCCGCACUUGAGAUUUGCUCACAGUUCACGGAAAUGUUUGAUGAUUUUUCAAUCGGGAUCACUACGGGUGUGGUUUCCAUUGGUGGUGUAGGUAACUCUGUUCGUACUGAAUACGCAGUGAUGGGAGAUUCUAUCAACAUGGCUGCCCGCUUAAUGUGCCAUACCGAAGCCAAGCAAUCCCUCCUAUGCGAUGAGCGAUCUUUCAACUUGUGCGAGCAGCACUUUGUCUUUGACAAGCUCGGAGAAACCAAAGUAAAGGGCAAAACCCAUCCAAUUUCCAUAUUCCGUCCCAAGGGUAUUGUACCGGAAAAGUCUCUUCGCGGUGCCUCUGUCCGCAACCCUCUCGCCUUGGAAAGAGGAGAACUUGUCGGUCGGUACCAAGAAAAGCAAGCGAUUCGUAGCGCAUUGGAAGAAUUCGACGAUGAAGAUGUGAAGACCAGAGACCCAAUGAUCACUAUUCUUGAAGCUGAAAGUGGACAAGGCCUAUCCAGCUUUGUGGAGUGGACACAAAUGGCCGCGGCUAGGCGUAGCAUAGCAGUUUGUACUGGUGGUGCAAGUGAAACUGAAAAAGCUACGCCGUUCUAUGCCUGGCGAGAGAUUCUCACGGAUCUAUGCAACGUUAUCACUGAGGCCACCGUGAACCCAGAUGGUACUCUGACUUUUAAGCUCAUUCCACUUCCAGAUGAGAUGAUGAUUAUCCCAAAGUCGCCUGAAGCCCCCGCGGCUGCAUCUCCAGAAAAGACCAUUCCGACCGUCAAACGCGACAUUUGGGCCUCUGUCCGACAACGAUCUCGCAAGUCCUUGAUGGGAGGAGAAGACGCUGGGAGGCGAUCGGUAUCCUUUGCUGGCUCAGAGGGUGCUACGCCAUUAUCACUUGCGCGAUCGGCCUCAUCAGCAUCUUCUUCCAUGGGACGACCGAAUAUCGACACUGAGCCGGCCAAGCUAAAGGCCGUGGCUGAAGUCAGCGAGGCUCGCCCAAUUGAACAGAAUAGUCCAGCUGAAGGCUGCUCGCCAUCUCAACCAAUCAAACAAGUGUCCAUGAAAGACAAGAUUUUCGCUGCGCUGCCGUUGGUGGGCUUUAACGACACUGUGGCGGCAUAUAUCUUUGGUCUCAUCUUCCCUAAUGAUUUCGAUGUCCCUCAUCAAGAACACGGGCAGGUCAUUUCCACCAAACUGCAAGUCAAAGAGCUUACUGAGGUCAUCUGCAAGAUCCUCAAAGCCGUCGCAGCUAGCAACAGCCUAGUUCUCGUCUUUCACGAAUCGCAAUGGAUGGAUGCUCUUUCUUGGGAAUUACUGUUUGAUGUCAUCACAUCCUGUAAAGGAAUCCAGGUGUUUGUCUUCACUCGCCUGGAAAAGUAUUUUGAUAACCAAGAAGCACUUGCGACGUUCAAAAAGAUUAAACGGCACAAUGAUUUCCGUAUCGCCAGGCUGAAAGUCAAUGGAUUGAGCUUGUUUGAGACGAAAGAGCUAAUCCAAUAUACAUGGCCCUCACCCAUCAAAAAAGUGGAUGACUAUUUAGUGGAGAACAUCCACAAGCGAACAGAAGGGAAACCUCUCUACAUUCGAUCCCUCGUCACUGCGCUACAAGAGUCGGGACAAUACAGAGUCGACUCGAAUGGUCUCUUGACUACGCAGGGGGAUAAUUUCAAUUUUGACCACAUUGUCGUCGGUCAAGAUCAUCAGAGUAUUAUACUGGCGCAGUUUGAUCGCUUGGAUAGGACUUUUCAACUGUUCCUCAAAAUCGCUGCUGUCCUCGGCCAGCGCUUUGCUGUCGACGAUGUUCUACACUUUCUUAUUGACAUGCCUGUCUUCAGUGAACGAUUCGAGCGUCGCAACUACUCGCAGAUCGCCCGCAAGAUUCAGCAGUACGACAAGUAUGGCUUCUUGGUAAAGCAUAGGGAGGGAAUGACGUUUCAGUUCAAGUCGGUCGCCGUCAGAAACUGCAUAUACUCAAUGAUGGUGCUGUCCCAGCGGCAACAACUGCACCUCAAUAUUGCAUUGUACUAUGAAGCAAAGAUCAAAAAGGACGAAGAGGCACGGCAGAGUCUUUUGGUUCCGCUUUUUGAGCACUAUAUGGAAACAGAUGACAAUCAGAUGAUCAAGAAAGUAAAGUAUCAAGCGGAAGUUGCAAAGUUUAGUUGGGAACAGCGAUGGAUUGCAGAAACCAUCAAGCACUACAACACACUCAUGAAGAUGACUGAAAACGUUCAAGAAGAAAAAGGUCUCGUGUUUUUCGACAAGGCCACUGUAGCCACCUGGCAUCGGGAGUUGGGGGAGGCAUACUUUUGGAAAAACGACGUCUUAAAUGCCGAGCGUCAUUUAGUUCAAAGUCUUCACCUGGUUGGACAUGAUAUUCCAACGUCCUCUGUGACACUGCGCUGGCGCAUACAUAGAGAAAUGGCAAACAAACAGCGAUGGAAAGAUGGACUGAUUGAGGAGGUGGAGAAGGAAGGAUUUACUAUCCCCGCCACAGAAAUUUCGGAUUUUGACAAGGAUGAGCCUGAACAACACGACAUGGAGCAAGCUCGCAAAUUAUUCGAGCGGUCCGUGCACAGCAUCAAGGACACAACUUCAACACAACCGGGUGGGUUGACCAUCCAGCAGGCGAUGGAUUUUCAUCAACGAUCAGCUUCGUCUGCAAAUAGCGUGGAACAGAGGAGAGCAGAGUCUCCCCGGGAGAGCGAGACCCGUGACGGAAACGCUGAGAGACCAGAGGGCGGACACUAUCGCGAGAUUUCAGUAGCAGCAUCAACAAAGACACCACCGUUACCGGCCGAACCACACAAUUACGAUUCCUCAGAUUCAGACCUAGCAGACCUCAUUAGCAAAGAUCCAAACUUGGCCAUUUUACAUAACGUCCGCUUAUGCCUGUUGAUCCUUGCCCAAAUCUAUUUCCGGGAUCAUCGCCGAACACAUCACAAGUAUUGCGUGGUGACGGGUCUCAACCUCUGUUACAAUUUCCCACUUAAAGCCAUUUACAGUCGUUUCCUAGCCAUGUAUGGCUGUCUACGAAUACAACAUGAAGGAAAAGAACAAGAAGGACUCCGAUUUAUGAAAACUGCUGCCGCGUUGGAACGCCGUAGCGAUGUAUUCAGCAUGGUACAUUUACAUGAAGUGAUUGCUCAAAUGCACUUUCAAGUGGGUCAAUACGAAGAUGCGAUCAAGCAUUUAGAUGAAGUGAUCCGAGCUGCAAAAAUCGCGGGCGAUAUUGUAGCUCGUGAGCGUGCUCAUCGUCUGAAAGCUAUUAUCAUGUUCUUUACGGAAAAACGAUCAGAAUCACGCAAAGAAGCCAAUGCCCUACGUUCAUGGGCAAUUGAAGAAGAUUAUUGGUUGGGCUCGUUUUGGGGGACGUUGCUCUUUCUUACCAAUCUCAACGACAGCUCCCUUGUGGACGAUAUUGAGGAGCAAUCGGAUAGGCUUCAUGAAUUAUGGCAGGAGUCGCCCCUGCCAGUGGCUCUAGAUCCGGCAAUGGAGCUAUUGUAUCUAGGCGUUCAAGCCAAAGCAGAUAUUCGGGCUGGCCGCAUUAUAGAUCCUCUUGCAAUCUGCCGAAACUUUAUGAACGCACUAAAGAGGAUUGGAAGCGAGCAAUCUUAUAUUCCCGCUCUUGCAAUUCACCACGCCGCAUCGGCCAUUCAUCUCAUGUUUGAAAUGUCCUGGCUCACAGACAGCCGAACCAAAAGCCUGGCCAACAGUUUCAUGAGCAUCGCGACAUCAAAGCUCAAGGCAAUGAAGUGGCUUAGGCUCGCGUAUGCACUGUACUUGCUAUGGGGCGGAGCCAAGCUUGUCAUGCGCGGCCACAAGAUUAGGGCAGACGCUAAACUGAACACUGCACAACACAAUCGAUACGUCGCCGAGGUCCCUAUCGUUUGGUUAAAGGUGGCCCUCAUCAGGAUGAAGAUAAUACAAAGGAAGCGAGUAUGGGGCAGAUGGGGAGAACGGGAUCGGGAUGAAAUAACAUUACCGGCCAUGCACGCCCGAUACGGAUUGCCCAGAUACGAAUUGCGAUUUGAAUGGGACCGGCAAUUUGGGGGACCUCAGGAACCCGAAUUUGAAUGAGAAAGAAUAUUGGAUCAAUGUAAACAACGGAAAAGUGCAAUAGACGAAAGGAAAGAUGGACAAAGUAACCCGAAAGAAACAGAACUCCAAGUUAGAAUGGGGCGUUUUGCAUGAUAUUUGAAACAACGCGGAAAAAAGGAAACGGAUGGACGGAAAUUGCAAUUUGCUGUAUGAUAACUAAAGUUCAGUUGUAGAGUAGCAUUUACAUAAUAUCCAUUUUUCGAAACGA